AUGGAACCUGAGAAUGACUGUGAUUGGAAGCCAAAAUUGGGAAUGAUAUUUGAUUCUGAACAAUGUGCGUAUGAAUUUUACAAUACAUAUGGAGGAAGAAUGGGGUUUAGCAUAAGAAGAGAUUAUUGUAAGAAGGACAAGUUCACUAAUCAACUUAUUCAUAGACUUUUGGUUUGCAACAAGGAGGGAUUUCGAAAGGUUGAAAAGCGAGACCCAUUGUCAAAAAACUCUAGAGCUGAAACUAGGACUGGGUGUGAGGCUCGACUUUAUAUUAAAUUACAUGAGGGUACUGGAAAAUAUGUUGUGACUGAUUUCAAAGAAAAAAACAACCAUGAUCUUGUAUCACCCGAGUGUGCCCACAUGUUGCCGUCACAAAGAAAGAUAUCCGCUACCCAAGCAAUUCAGUUAGAUUUAGCGGCACAAUUUGGUCUUCGGUUGGGCCAGUCUUUUGAACUCAUGGGUAGGGAAGCUGGUGGAAGGCAAUGUCUUGGUUUUACGAAAUUAGAUUCUAAAAAUUAUUUGAGAACCAAAAGACAACAAAGUUUAGCAUAUGGGGAAGUAGGCAACGCGUUGCAAUACUUUAAAGAAAAAUCUUUGCAGAAUCCUUCAUUCUUCUAUGCUGUUCAAUUAGAUAAUGAGAAGCAAAUAACCAAUAUGUUUUGGGCCGAUGCACAAAUGAUCAUGGAUUAUGCCCAAUUUGGUGAUGUUGUCACAUUUGAUACGACUUACAAGUUAAACAAAGAACAUAGACCGUUCGCAUCUUUUGUGGGAUUCAACCAUCACAGGGAAACAGUUAUAUUUGGUGUAGCAUUGUUGUAUGAUGAGACUGCCGAAUCGUUUGUGUGGUUGUUUGAAAACUUUCUAGAGGCUAUGUCAAGGAAGGCACCGAAAACUUUGUUCACCGAUUAA